UAGGGAUAUUGUCAAGAAACAUGUUAACUGUGUUUUUAUGUUAAUAGAUAUAGAUGAAUGUUGUGUUGGAACAUCCUGUCAUGAACAGUCUACUUGUGCAAAUUCUCUUGGCAAUUUCACAUGCAUAUGCAACAGUGGAUAUUCUGGAAAUGGAACAUUUUGUGAAGGUAUAAUCAUAAAUAUUCAUACAACAUAAUUAAUUUAUAGAUAUAAUUUUAAGGUGAUGAGAAAGCCAAAUUAGAAACCAUAAGGCUUUUAAGUACGUUGGGCUCAUUGUAAUAUUACAAUAUGAGAUUUAUUAUUUAUAAGAGUUCUAAUGGAACUCGAGUUGCAUAUGAGGUCAUGAUACUGUAGCUGAAGCGGUGCUUAGAGUUACUGUUUUAUUGUGUUUAGAGCCUCUUCCGUAUGACAAUAUUUUGGCAAUUAGUUUGGCAACCACACAACUUCGCCCAAACCUGAGAAAACAUUUCUGCUCAUUUUUUUUCAGUAGUUCGAACAUUGCUAGAACUUGACAUUUUUAUAUAUUUAAUUUUUUUAUCAAAACAAGCGCUUGUUGACUUCCCUUUUAUGAAGAGUUUUCCCUUUUAAAUCAGAUUUUUCCUAUUUUUUAUCUUCCCUCUUUCGCUAUUAUUUCUUUUUAAUUUUUUUUAACUAGUUUAACUGCAAUUUUUAUCAUUCCUUGGAUAAAGUCGCUUGUUUAAUUUAAAGGUGGCCCCCUAAAUUUUAACGAAAUGUUCAAAAUGCAGAGAUUAGAUCAAUUCUUUGAAGAGAUGUUAUUUGCUAAAAAUAAAAAAUUGUACACCAUACAUACAAAAGUGAAGUCACCACUAUUGCUAUGGCAACAUGACGACUCAAGAUGACCAAUAUUUUGGCUUUUAAUGCAUUUAACCUAGUUAAAAAACGCCUGGGUUACCCCCUUUUUUUUUUUUUUUUCUGAAACAUUUCCUUGCAAUACAAUAAAAUAUAUGACGAAUUUUGCAUGCUUAUGUCUGUCUUGUUGUAGAUAUUGACGAGUGUGAAGAAGAAGAAUGUCAUUCAAGUGCUACAUGUGUCAACAAUCCUGGAUCAUUUGUCUGUAAUUGUAAUCCAGGUUUUAUUGGCGAUGGUGUAAUCAGCUGUUCAGGUACUCAGAACUUUGUAAUAAUCAAAUGUGGUGUGGCCCAGUCCCAUGGUAAUGUACUGUACAAUCUUUGCAAUAAUUCAGUUUUUAAUAAUGAUUAAAUAAUGGUUUACUUUAACAACCUUGUUAAAUCUCUUGUAUUUAACAAUUAUUCGCCGAAGGCUCGGUGAUUAUCGGGGAAUAUUCACCGAGACAAGAUCGAUGUGUAUAUUCCCCAAUAAUUACCGAGCCUGAGGCAAAUAAUUGUUUUAGUAUUUUUACACAAGUCUUUUGGGUUUUUUGGACUUAAUUUAUCUUAAUUUCGCUUAUUUCGUUAUCCGUGAUUUCCACAAAACGGCUAGUCGCCAUUUGUAAACUAGUUUUUACUGUUAUAUUCACCUGUUGGUGAAUAUAAGAGAGUACUGUACCACGUCAAAUGUUUCCAAUCACCACGUCCGAUUUCUUAUAUUCACUUGUGUAAAAUAUUAAAGAAGGUUGUUAGCAAAACCUGCAGUUAAAACAUAGGUAGCUAAAGGUAACCAUACCCUAGGCUAUCAUUAAAUUCCCAAAACUUAUUGUUGAAAAUGGCGUGGUUAACUAUGUGAUUAGCUAACAAUCAGACUAACUUCGUUUCGUGCACAACAGUUAAGUUGUGUAGACAAUUACUAGAGCCAUUUCUAUGAAUAACACUAUGCAAUGGAUAGUGAUUUGUCAAGUUUCCCGAGAAAUUCAUUUAUUGAGAUAACCUGGAUUAAACUUUAACGUUUGUAGAUAAACAAAAGUUUCUUUUUAUUGAUUGUUACGUAAUUCUGCUAAAUGUAUCGCUUUUACACGUUUAGGGGAUUACUGGGAUGAGCACUGAAAGUCAGUAUAUUUGUUAGCAGCUCUGUUGAGACCAAAUUUCUGUUUUUAGAUAAUUGCCAGGUACCCUAUUUAUUCUUUUCCACAUCAUCGGGGACAUUCUCCUAUAACACAGAAGAAUCUACAAGUAGCCCAAACAUGUUCAAUAGCCGUGUCAAUGCCUUACUGUCGUUUGAUGAUAUGAACAAAAGGUUGUAUUUCUAUACAGCGAAUGAUGAAAUUACAAGUUAUAACUUGAAUGGUUCAGAUUUGAGCACAAUUACCAUUCAGAAUGUGGAAUUUUUUACUGUGGAUGGCCGGAAUAAUUUGUUAUAUUAUCAUCAGCGACUUCAAGAUAGAAUAUUUGUGUACAAUAUCACAAGUACUCAAAGUACUCAAGUUGGAGCUCUGUCAAGUGUUACUGGUACGAAAGAUAUGGAAGUGAAAAAUGGGUAAAUGCAAUUAUACUUUGUUUUAUUGGUUGAUUUGAAGCGUUCUAUUCUUUUCUGUUGCUUAUAUCUUUAUUUUUGUCUCACGCCCGUGUGUAUGUUCAAUUUUUUUUUUAUGUCCCACUUCUCUUAUCUUCCUUUGCGUUUUUUUAAUUUUUUGUUUGUUUACUUUGUUUCAUUUUUAACUUGCUACAUUUUUGUUUUUGCCAUGUUUAAUGCGAACUAGUGGUACGAAAUACAUUUUGUGCCAUCUGUAAAAAUAUUAGACAGGUCAUUUAAUUUUCUUUUAAAACUAUUGUUGCGCAAGGUAUGGGUUAUGGGUUAGGCGACAGAUAGAAUAUUUGAUGAACGCACAGGACUGUUAAUAUAGGAUAUCAUUAUUGAGAGUAAAGUUUGGUACUGAAUUGCAUUUAUAAGGAUUUGUGAUGGUAAUUUGUCCGAACUGACUCAUUUCUUUUUAUAGUUAUCUCUACAUUGCAAAAGCAAGUUAUCCAACCAUCAUACGUUACAAUCCAAGGAAUGAAUCUAUUACGCCUUUCAACUCCACGACUGGUUCAGCGCAAUCACUUUCUGUUGAUGAAUAUGAUAAUGUAAUAUAUUGGGCUAAUUAUGACGGAACCAGUCACAGGGUUAUGAGAACUCUGCUGAAUGGAGAAACAGUUGAUUUAAACAUAACAUAUUCUGGAGAGAUUGAUUUGACCUCAGAUGUGUUUAAUUUUUAUGUCCUGGUCAAAGCAGACAACCGAAUUGACCAAUACUUGAAGACAUCAAUUGAAAAGCAAAAGAAUGUUACCUUUAAUGGUCCAAUAGAAGAUUUAAUAAUUGCAUAUGGUGAGUUUCAUCUGAAAGAAAACAAAUCAAUUUUCAAGUUUGGUUUUCUCUUUCUGUACCAAGUAGCAAAAAAUGGUCUUCUCACUGGUAGGAGUUUUGAAAUAGAAAGUAAUGAAAUAUUAAGUUUUUGUAAAUGGAAAUUUCGCGUGAAAAGUUUUAAACAUUUUUAUAUCUGACCUGGAGCAACUGCAAAACGUGCAAUUAUAUAGUCUCUCAAACCUGCGGCCGUUUGAUUCCACUGCAGGGCUCAUGCAUAUGACUUCCAGGGUGGAUUUAUAGGAGGGUGCACAGGGCUGCGCACCCCUUGCCCUGUUGUUGGUCAUGGUCAACAUGGGAGCAUGGGGGGUGCAAAAAAAUCAAAUUCAGGAAUAUGGCAUAAUUUCCAAGGUUUUUCCUUUUUUGAAGUCAAACUGAAGCUCAUAAUUCAAUGCCCAUAUCGCGGGAAGUGGCAUUUCUGGGGUUCUAAUUUUCAAAAUUUACCUCUACACAGCCAAUUUCGCGCACGUCGAAACAGAUCUGCAGCAGGUCUGUUACAACUUGUUGUCAACAAGCCAAUAUCUGGAUGCGUUCGCUCGCCUUGUACCUGUCUGUCCUGACAGGUUCACAACUGCUUGUCAACAGGCCUGUUACAAGCUGUUGUGACAGAACUGCAGCAAUGCUGUUUUCAACAGGCGUGUCGCAAGUUGUUGACACCAUGGGUUGUAAAAUAACAGAUCAUAACAUUGUUAUUUUACAAUCCAUGUUGAUACAGAGCUGCAGCAACGCUGUUGUCAACAACUUGCGACAGACCUGUUGCAAACCGAUGAAGGCACAUCCUUGUCGGUUGCAUAAUUUAAGAUAUGUACUAGGUAAGGUUUGAAGUCUAGACAGGAAGUAUUGCUCAAUGUCAAGCAAAAUCGCUCAAUUUUGAAGGAAAAUGUUGCUUUUUUAUUGCAGUUUAAACUCGCUUUAUAAAAUGUAGCUAUUUAUUUUCCUUUUUGGCAAAAAUUAAGCUUUAAUUUCGCUAUUUCAGACGGGAAUUAUGUUCGGACUUGAUCUCUGUCGAAGCGUGUUUUGAAUUUGGAUUAUGCGUUAAUUAUAACCAACCAAUCAAAUCCACUGCCCAAAUCUGGGUAGUAAAACGUCAUCAGUAUGGAAUUUCUCGCCUCGUUGCUCAGACGUCUAUCUUGGGAGGAACGAGCAAUAAUAGACGGCUGUUUAUCAGGGUAGUAGCCUAAGGAUAUUUCCAUGAAUAAGAAUUACUCAAAUUUUCUAUAAUGCCUUGAAUUUUUUUAUUUGUGUCGGAAAAAAUUAUUUUUUACGUAAUUAUAAAGGAUUUGCAAAAUUCACUUUUAUUUAAUUUAAUUUAAUUUAAUAGGUUAGCCUUUGUAAAUAUUAAUUAUUAGCACAUGGCAGGGAAUCCGCAACAGCGCAAGCCAAUUACUGCGGCCCCUUAAAAACUUAACAACAACAAACAUAAUGAUAAUAUAGGAACGAGUUGUUUCCUUGUCCUCAGAGGCAAGUCAUAAGAUACUACUUUUAUUUAUAAUUUAAUAAUCAAUAUUGGUCAAUUUCUACCCGUUUUUAAUCCAUUGUUUAUUCAUUUGUAUAGAUGAAGAUGAAUGUUGUGUUGGAACGUUUUGCCACAUGAACGCUACAUGCUCCAAUUAUCUGGGAGGUUUAAACUGUUCUUGUAAUGACGGUUUUACUGGUAAUGGUAUGGAUUGUGAAGGUACGUUUAAACUUAUGCGCUGUUAUUUUCCUUUUGUAAAAACAACCAAACAUCAUUCAUUACCAUCAAAUGUUAUGCAGUGACGUAAUAACAGCCGGAGACAAGUCUAAAGGAUACAACUGUUAGGCUGAGCGAUCACAAUAGCUUUCUGUAGGUCCGACUCUUGUAGAUCAGAUCCUCUCUAAUGGUUUGAAAGUUCAUGGUUCUCACUACCAGAUUUCUGUCGACCUGGCACAACACUAAAUUGUUUCCAUUUUUCUUUACUCUAUAUACCUUUCCUCAGUUCUUUUCUAUUGGUAUUUUUUUCUUUCUUUUUCAUUUUAUAUUUUCUCUAUGUUAUUUCUGUGUCCUUCUCUUCCACAAACGCUCAUUUUGUUUUCUUUUCUGUUUUGUUCAAUUGUAUUUUGUUCAAACAUUUGAUGAUGUUCUAAUAUUGUUAAAGUUAAUAAUCAAUAACAAACUUUGGUUGGUAGAGAUACAACUACCUGGAAAUAUAAGGAGAAAUUCGACGUUUCUAGCGAGGGCCCUUUGUCAGGAAGUGAGUAGCUGGGGUCGGGAAAAUCCAUAGAUAUCUUAUAUACACUAGAUAGCGCAUCUCUUUUAGUAAAAUUGAAGCCGAGAAUAUUCCAGCGGUUACCCCCAUUUGAAUAGAUGGCGGCCAUGUUGGAGUUUCCCACUCGUUAAUAAACGCUUAAAAAACAACAAUAACUUUCAUCAUUUCAAUAGUUUGAAAAUGUAUUUGGAAUAGGUGUAACUCAAUGUUUAAGUUCCCUGUUUAAGAAAUAGAAAACAUACGAGUCUACUCAUUUCAUGGGAAUAUCCUGAGUCUGCAAUCACGGCUUUUUUGAAUUGCAGAAUAAUUAGGUGCACUAUCUAGUGUAUAUAAGAUAUCUAUGGGAAAAUCACAUGAGCUUUUAUAAAAAAAAAACACAUAAAAACGAUCACGUGACAAAUUUCAAAUAAACCAAUCAUAUGCAGGAUUUAGUCAAACAAACUAUCAACAAAAAGAACAUUACAAAUAUGGAAUAAAGUAAGAAUUAAAAGUACUGCAAAUAUCUGCUUUAGACAGACAAAGACAGAUGGAGUUAAGAAAAACGUUCAUUAAUGCCAUAGGGGUGGACAGUGCCAAGUUACUAACUUCCCCGACGAAGGACCUUCGCUCAAAAUGUUAAAUUUCACACAGUUGCAUCUCUAUAACAACGAAAGCGUCGUUAUUAUUGGCACUACCUACUCUGGCAAUUCAACAUUAAUAAAAAAUACAUCAAGUUUCCUCAUAGUUGAAAUUUACUAUGUGAGGAGCUGCAUCAUUAUUAUAGUUCCCUAGUAUGUUAUUUAUGAUUGUUUGUUCUUCCUCAUCCUUCAAGACCAUCAUCUUUAUUUAUUCUUAUGUUUUGAAUAAUAUCAUUCACUUCCAUACUUUUGGAUCGCCAAAAUAAUUUUACCUAUUAUCAUGACUCACUUCAAGACAUAAUAUUUGUGUACAAUAUCACAAGUGGUCAAAGUGCUUCAGUUGGAGCUCUGUCAGGUGUUAGUGGUGUUCGAACAUUUGUUAAAUUUAAUAAUCAUGGGCGUCAAUCCUGGGGGGAUUGGGGGGGUCUCGUCCCCCCAGUUUUUGGAGUGGGGGGGGGGGACGAAUAUCUUAUUAUCCCCCCCCACUUUUUAACAUGUUUCAUAAAAUAUGAUUUUUUCUGUGUUGGUGUUGUGUACUCAGGCUAGUUUUGGGUUAGUAUUCCAAAGGUCGUAGGUUCGAUUCCCACCGUAGCCGGGCAUAUUUUUCAAGCUCGCCCGGUGUGGAUAUACACUCAGACUCAGAGUAACAUCACAAACAUCAUGUUUUAUAAAUUUUGUUUCUUGGUAAUCUAAAAACCUAAUGCCUAGCAUGCUAUUCAUCCAGACUUGUGGUUGGAACGAAGACAUUUAAUUUGAUGAAGUACAUGUAUGACUUUUCUGUAGCUGAUGGGAGCAAAUACUGACAUAGCAUAUGCUACGUGAAUACUAAAAAAAUAUUCAAAAUUGAAUUCAAAUUUGUAAAUGUGUUGUAAUUUUAUAAACAUUCACAUAAAGGCACUACAGUAUUUGUUGUAUUCACUUCCUGUUCUAACUGGCAAGCUGCACUGAAUGAGACAAUAAUUCGUUUUGCUUGUUUUUUUAUUAUUACGCCCGCAAAAAGUAUUUAGGAGUUAUUUACAUUUUGUUUUUCUAUUUUGGAUAGGCUAGGGGCCUUCUAGAAUCCUAAUAGGCUUUUUAAUUAAGACCCCUUACAUUAUUUCAUUCUUAUAUUUAGUCAGUUCGAUCUAUUAUAUUGAACAACAAUAAAAAUAUAUAAUAUAAGAUAAAACAUUAACAUGCAUAUAAACUUAAUUAUAUACAUUCGAAGUAAAAGAUACUAUAUAAUUAUGUAUAUUUACAGUAAAGAAGGUAAUAAUAUAUUUUAAACUAUUAUACAUCAAUUAUUGAAGCUAAUGGACAUAAUCGUAAUUUACUAAUUUAACGACUAAAUUAAGAUUUAAGACUAGAUAAUUUUAUUUUACCAUUUUCAAAAGUUCAAAUAUAUAGAGAAUAUUACACAGCGGCGCGAAGAUAUGACUUUUAUCUUCGAGUGGUGAAAACAAUAUUUUACGAACGAGCGCAGCGAGUGAGUAAGAUAUUGUUUUUAGCACGAGAAGAUAAAAGUCGUAUCUUCAAGCCUCCGUGUAAUGUUCUGUUUAUUAUAUAGUCCCACGCAAAAAAUUGUGAAAUUUCACGCUCAAAAGCAGAUUGGAAAAAGUCACGUGAUCGAUAUCUUCACUAUUGAAGAUAUGGAAAAUAUCUCACUGUGUAUUUUUCAGUAUUCAAUGUACAAUAUUCAAUGUACUAGUGUUUAAACAUGCAUGUCAUUUCUACGAUGUAGUUAAGAGCUAUAUUUCCAGCAAAAAAAAAUUAACAUGUAUGGUAUGACUACUGUCAAAGUAUACGACCAAAAAGUCUGAAUAUGUAUGAUUGACCUGUUUGCUACAGUAAUUUAUGUUCCUUGAAUAGUUUGUGUAUAUUACUCAACAGUUGGCAUUGGCAAAUGUAAUCCAUGCUGUAGUCACAAGUGACAGAACAUUUGCUUCAUAUGAUUGAUACAAUAAAGUUUUGAAAAACUGUCAAAAUUCUAUGAGCGUGGAUCAUUGAGAUACAUAUACAGAAAUGUAAACGUUAACUUCUCUAUAUAUUGUUUAAAUUUGGAUGCUAUAUAUAUGUCAUUGGUAUGGAUUGUGAUUUUGCAUAUCUCGGGGCCGUAGCCACCGGUCCGGUUGGUCCGGUUUCAACCAGACUACUUUCUGGAGCAGCAGAAAAUUUUUUGAGGUGUUAGACUUUGCGCCAAUAUUAUAGGUAAAGUUUUAUCUUGGAAGUGUCAAAAUGGUUAUGAUUAAGAUAUUUUCUUUGGGCGACUAUCAUCAUUAUUAGUGUAAUCAUAUUCAGGAUUCCAAUCUAACUGUACCACUAAUAAGUUGACUGCUACUACCCUGUAGAUUGUCAAGUUAUCAGUGUGACAUCCCAGUUUGUGUAUCAACAAUGGCGUCACAACUUAGUUGACCUAAGGAAACUUUUGUUACUGUUAUGGUAAUGUUAUGGCAAGUGGAAUUUAUAGCAGCUAUUUUAUUCACUAUGAAAACCAGACCUCAUUAUUUUAUUCAAUACUAGAAUCUAACAUUAUUAAACAUUUAUUUUCAAUUGAAAACUUUGUUCUACUGUAUAUAAUAUAUGCUAGUGAUAUUAAUUUUUAAAUAUUGUAUUUAAAUAAAUUUACGUGGUGUUUCCACAAACAAAACUAUUAUAACUAAUAUAUAGUUAACAACUUUGAUGUGCUUUAUCCCACUUGCACAACCUUGGUUUUUAGCGGAUUUCUCACAUGGUUCAAAAGGAACUUAUUGUCACAGCGAUAAGAGUUUUUAUUGCUUCCCGGAAUAAUUUAUAGUUGAAAUUAAUUAUGCGAAAUAAGUUAUUUGCGCGCGCAAGUUAAUUUAAGUAUAGUCAAGUUAAGUAUAGUCACGUAUAGUCAUUUAUCAGUGGUGAAGCGGGCCACCUUUCCUAUUCUACGAGGGCUGCAGUGCACAUCAAAGAGAUUUACAUGGAAGAGAUUUACCCACCCUCCUCCCCGUUUAUAUAGUUAUUAAUUAAUAAUUUUUCUUGUUAAUUAUUAAAAAUUGAUUAAAACAAUAAAGCGGCUAUGUGCUAACAACCGGGCACAUAAGCCAUAAUUAUGCCAUAAAGGCUUUGACUGGUCUUGUAGUAUUCGGCAGCACAGAAAACCGAGCUCAGCCUGACAAACAGUUUGCCGAUGGUGGUUUAAUAUAUGCAGGGAAGCGAUAAAUGGAUUUAAGAUCAUGCACAUUGUAUUAUAACUUUACAAGUGCCUCGAAAACGCUGGAAAUGCCAUUUCAGUGUACCAAAAUUAAAAAACGAAUUUCGGGUAGCAUACCUCCGGACCUUCCUAAUUUGGAGUCCGCCCCCCCCCCACUUUUUGGGAUGGAUUGACGCCCUUGUUAAUAAUUAAUUCAUCGAGUCCUGCACCGGACAUAUUAUGGUUGACAUGAUUUGCCAACAAGCUUAUGAAUUAUUAAUGAGUGUUUGAAGUGAGGAGUCGCAUCAUUAUUAUAGUAGCUACCUAUAUUCUGUUAUUUACGAUUGUUUGUUCUUCUUCAUUAAGACCGUCAUCUUUAUUUAUUCUUAUGGUUUGAUUAAUAUCAUUCACUUCCACAUGCUUUUGUUUUCUUCUUCAUAUCCAUAUUUACCUUCAUCUUUCAUUUCACUGUUUCAUUUACGUGGCAAUGUGAUAAAACAUUCACUGUUGAGUGAACAAUGUUAACACUGGCAUAAAAUUACACUUAAAUUACACUGGCAUAAUUUUCUAUUUGUUUAAAUGUUGUUACUCUUAAUAUACUGUAUAUCACUAAACAGAAGUUUCCUCGUUAGAUAUUUUGAAAAAUAAUGAUAACAGUAGCAUUAAUCCAUUUCAGCUACAAACUGCAGUGAUCUUUCCUGUGGACAAAAUCAAGAGUGUGUCCAGGUGAACAAUACCUUCGCAUGUGUUUGCAAGGAUGGAUAUGAAGAACCCGAUUGCCGUCCGAGUAAGAAGUCCUAUAUUUCAUUUAAUAUUAAUUGGCAUGCUUAGUGUCCUUCCAAAAUAAGAUUAAAAUAUUUUUCUAUGUUUUGAGUUGGAACUUUAAUCGGAUAUUAAUUAUGAACUUUUCAGUAAUAGCCCCUGUUUUUGUACAAUAAAUGGAAGUAUGUCGUUAUUAGAAAGAAAGAUUUUGAUUUCGCUAUAUCCAGAUCUGCAGUACUUCAUCUAGUUGAAUUCUUCCAGUACAUUGUGGACUCUUCUGCAACAAGGAAUGGCAGUUUUACGUUAUUCCAUCCAUUUCUUUAUAUAACUUACCUGCUCCUACUGACACUUUGUUUUGCCUAAUUUGUUCAUUCCUGUCACAUUACUAAAUUGCUUCCAUUUUUGUUUUGUACAUUCCCUCAAUUCUUCUUAAUUUGUAUUUAUUCAUUAUUAUAGUACUCUACUAUCAUAUUAAUCAUUGUUAGUUCUUCUUCACUAAGACCAUCAUCUAAUAUAUGUCUAUUCUUUUGAUUUGAUUAAUAUCAUUCACUUCCAUGGUACUGUUUUCUUCCUCAUCUCCAUAUUUACUUUCAUUCUUAUGUUCAUUUCAGUCUUUCAUUUCUGUUUUCAAUUACUCUCUACAUAUGUAGCUUGUCAGACUAUUGAUUUGCAGUUGCCUGAACAUCCUGUACAUUUGCGCUGAACAUUUUCCCUACUACUUACUAUAUUGUUAGCAAUUAGCCAUUUAUCAAUCAGAGUUUAUGUAUUUCAACUUCACAAACAAAUAUUCCAUUUGUGCAAAUAGAAAUUCGAACUAUAUGUAUGUAGAAGCAAAUAGAGAACUAUUUUCCUAAACCAUACCCUUUGUCUGACAAAACCGAUAAAAAGUUGGCUAGGUAUCAAUUUCCAAAAGAUUUUAUAGACAACCGAAAAUACUGAAAUUGGUCUGCAGUUCAUGCGCUCUCGGUUAUUACCAUUACAUUACCAGCCAUUUUUGACAAGUUGAAUAUCUCCAGCAAUAACGAACCAAUGGAAAUGUAGCACAAUCUUGCAAUUUUAAACAACCCUAUUUAGGCUCUGAUGAAGCCGCCAUAUUGCAGUGCCAAAGUAUAUUUGUGUUUACAUUGCAGUUUUUUAAAAGGUAGAUAGAAUAUCAUUUACCUUCAUUAACUGAAGCUGUGAUAAAAAAUAGCAAAUACAGUACUGCAAUGUUGAGUGAACAAAUUAUAAAUGUAAACAAUCCAUUAAAAAUAAUAGUAACAAUUGUUAUAAUUUAUUUCAGCUACAAACUGCAGCGAUCCUUCCUGUGGACAAAAUGAAGAGUGUGUCCUGGUGAACAAUACCUUCACGUGUGUUUGCAAGGAUGGCUAUGAAGAACCCGAUUGUCUUCGUAAGAAUUUGCUCUAUUUCUCUUUUAAAAUUAAUUGUCGUUGUUGUCUCCGUUUAAAAAAAUAUUAAAGCAUUUCUUUUGAGCGGAAAUUUUUGACAAACAUUACCCAUGUGCAAUCUGUAAAAGAGCUGGGUGUUACAUUUGUCUGUAGCUUAAGCUUAAUCAAAAGGCGCUGAAAAUGUUUUUCAUGAAGGAAACAAGUCAUAAAACUUUAUAUUAAACUCUAUUACAGAUUGUUUAUGUCUUGCUUAGUUUUCAAAAUAUUUCGACUGAAAAAGUGAGGUGUUCACCACUUGAAUUAUUGAGGCUAUGCAUGUUACGUCAAGAGAGGGGUCACGCUCACUGGCUUAGCCAGUGGCCCGUCCACCCGUCAUUUUGGACGUGUAUUUUCGAAUGUGGACGGUCAAAAGAAUGUUAAAACUCCAGUAUUUUGUCUUUAGUAACCGUAUGGGUGGGUUUCAGUCACGUGAUACGUUUAGCGUUUGGUGGUCAAGUCCGAAUGGUAACACAUUUAUCGGAUCGAGUUAAAUAUUCAUUAUAAGUAUUGAUCUUGUGCGGUUUGGUGUCAAAUAUUAUAAUUAAAUUUAACGAAAUUUACUUGCUUCCACAAGGCGUAAAACGCCAAAUGUGUAAAAUUGAUCACCAAGAGUUUCCCUAUAUAUAAGUCUUGAGUGAAAUACACCUAUACAAGCUUAAAUUUUGCUAUAACAUCACAUUCAACAUGCACUGCACAUCCCUGCACAUAUACAUCCACAAGCAAACUAGUUACAAAACCAUAUUUGUAUUUGUGAAAUAUUUCGUAUUUUGCGAUUAUGACCGUGAUCAACCAUGUUUUCAGUGCAAAUUUACGCAUGUUCUUUUCACUACUAAGAAUCAUGUUUUUAGAAGAUAAAGAUACAAGAUAAUCUUUUUUGGGUGGGAGGGGGUAUGCCUGGUCCACCAUUUUUGGAUGGGUAGAUCCUGGCUUGGUCCUUGGUCACGCUAAUUUUUUUGUCUUGAGUGUAGGCGAUCAAUAUGGUUCCAAAACGUCGUUUCUGGUUGCUGCGUGAAAUUUGGAAACGACUAAAACAUUUCAAACAAAUUUGGAUUGUUCAUGCAUUUUGGAGUAGUUUUAUUUGGUUACCCCAUCUGGCGCCAUCAAAACCAUGGUUAAUGAGGUCAAGAAUUAGUCCAAGAUGGAGAGCAGCUCAUUAAUAGACAACUUGAAUGUUAGACUAAUUUUUAUUUAGGAAAAAAAAGUUAAUUCCCGUAAAGAACUUAUUAAAAUCAGUAAAAUUGCAAAAUUUGGUUACGAAAUGUUGUAAAAUACGGAAAAUAUAGCCUUGCGAAGUUUGCAUAUUGUCAAUAUGUUUGUAUUACGUGCGGACAUUGUUACCAUUUUUGAGCCCAAAAUGGUAACAAUUUCCGCACGUAAUAUAAAUAUACUGAAAAUAUGCAAACUUCGCAAGGCUAUAUUUUCUGCAUUUUACAACAUUUCGCAACCAAAUUUUGCAAUUUUACUCAUUUCAUUAAUUUCUUUUUAACUGUUGUGUUUUAUUCCCUUCUCUUUACUUAGAUUAAAAUUUAGUCUAUAUGCAAGUUGUCCAUUUCGGUCUAACUAUUUCCAGAACUAAGCAAGAUAUAACAAAUCGAUAAUAGAGUUUAGUAUAUAAUUUUAAGUUCUUUUGAAUAAGACAAACUGUUUUUUAAUUGCCAAAGUCCUUUAAAAUAAAACAUUUUGUGUAUCAAUACAAGAGCUAUUUUUGGCGUCUACUGCAACAGUAGUCGCCAUAUGCAGUCGAUAAGAAGUUUAGGCCCUGUUUACACUAUACCGGAUUCGCUGGUCACGACAUCUUCUUUUGCCGUUACGGAGCAAUGGUUAGUAGCAAAUGCUUAUUAGUUUCACAGAAUUGGCAUGUUUAUUUGGGUUUCUGAGAUUAAAAAUCUUCACAGCUUUUCGAUACCUACAAAAUUUGACCCACUCCGAUAGCAAUCCGGUAUAGUGUAAACGGGACCUUAGAUACAUGCAGUGGACGGUUCACCCUGCGAACAGGCUCUUUGGUUAGGUUAAAGCCCGCGCAUCUACGAAAGUUUCCAAACUGUUUACGUCUUUACGAUAAAUGGUUUUAUCAUGCCGUCCGCCCUUGAGUUCCGAAAUUCACGACGGGAAGAUUAAAUAUUGAAGAACUCCGCGAGUACUUACAGUAGAAUACGAAAUUACCACCAAAAAUUCCCCUGAAAGAUACUAUAUACUCGAACAAUGUAAAAUAACCAUAAAAUAUAAACUAGCCAUACUCGAACAAUGUAAACAAUGUAUCACUAAGUCAUACCUUUCGCCGAAUAUAAGAAUGUUUGGCCAAGCGGUGAGAAAAUAUACUAUUGUUUUGGUUCGUGUAAUGUUAUGACGGCAUUUGACGCCCACCCCCUGUUUGAAAGGUUAUUUAAUGAGGAUUUCAACUGUGGUUUUCGCUUUAAAGGGGUGGUAAAUAUUGCCGGGAUAUUUUAAUCUUCCCCACUAGUACUCCAAAUUUGGAAACGUAAAUGUAAACCGGACGGCAUUGACAUUCUUUGUUUUUGAUCCAGUAGACGCCAUGUACGCUACAGCGUACCUAUAUUUUACUAAGUUAGUAUUUAGUAAGUUAAGUCAUUGUUCCACUGUAGUCUGGUCUAACACUACAGAUAGUAUUAUGCAAAAAUACAAGGUAGACACAACAUUUCUAGCUGUACUAUAGUGGAACCAAGAAGUGCAAUCAUACAACUUCAGUAUUAAAGGAACUAUGAUGCAGAUGGAUACCCGAUAUAACUUAUUUACAACUUUGUUAUAGGGAAGCAAUCAUGACUUUUAAAUGCAUGACGGGAAUGGCACCUACUUACCUAAGUUUACAAUUUGUACGUGGAGGUAUAACCUGGAAGAUCAACCAGAAAAUCAUUUUAUUACAACAUUCCACUUGAUAAAAAUGCAUCUGCCCAGCGGAUCUUUCAUCGUGCAUUUCAAUUAUGGAAUGAUUUAUUCCCAGAACUUAAAGUCGGCAUGACAGUGCGAAACGUUAAACGUCAAUUAACAAGAAGUUUACUACAUACAUUUUUAUCACAGUUUUUGUAAUAUUAUUGUAGUCAUUUUCCAUGUCCACAUUAUUUUCUGUUUUUAGGUCCAAUGACAAUGUGCAAUAUCCCUGUAGUCGUCUACUACGGUCCUAGUGCAAUAAACUACCAAGUAACCAUUAAUAACGUAACAACCUCGGGAAGUCUUGGUAGUGGAGGAGCGAAAGACAUGAACUACGACCGUUUAUCCAGACGAUUGUUCUAUUAUGUGUCAGGCAACUUUUACAGCGUUGAACAAGAUGGUUCAGAUUUAAGAGACAUAGGAGCAGUAGGAAAUGUUGACAGGUUCACUGUGGAUGGACGAAACAAUAUCAUCUAUUACAUAAAUGAUUUAACUGACAUUAUUUCCAAGUUCAACAUGACAAACUCAGCUGAGACUGAUCUUGGCAUUCGUGCCAAGGACAUUGACAUGGACAGCGUCAAUAAGUAAGUACUGUUAACUAUGAAGUACUGUUAAUCGUGACUGACCCUGGAUUUCAUGGAUAAUAUGCAAUUCAGCAUUUGAAUUAAUUUACCUACAGAUUUGGCAAACAAAUAAUAGCAGGUUUCAUAGCAGUCUUUGAAAUCAUUGAAAGUCUUUUAAUUUGAAUUCAGGCUUUAAGGUCUUUGAAAAAAUUUUGAAAAGUCUUUAAAAAUCUUUAAAAUCUUUAGUGAAUACUUGAUUAUACGAUUUCCUAGCUAGUAAAAUAGAUUGAUUGAAGCAAGAUUUACGAAAAGGUGUAUAUUAGGAUGUGAUUCGGCGGGACUAAUCACCAGAUAAAAAUGGUGCUUACACUCGCAUUUGUCGACAGCUGAUUGAUCUCAAAGGUCUUUGAAAAUUAAGUCUUUGAAAAUAGGCAGAAAUAGUCUCUGAAAGUCUUUGAAUAUUUUUGGUCUUGGAGACUACGAACCCUGUAUAAUAGUGAUUUAUUGCAAAUUCGGUCACUUGGUUUAGAAUAUAAACUUGAAUUGAAAUUAUCUUCUGGCAAUACAAUUUCGUACUACAUGCAGUAAUUUAUAUGGACUAUAAAUUGUUGAAUGAAGAUUGCAUUGAGAAUCGUAGCAGUAAGGUCCAUUCUAAUAAGUUCUUUGAAUGUUUGCAUGGCGAUAAAAUAUAAUUGUUUUUGUUUGUGGAAACACAAAUAAAUUAAAAAUAAAAUUAAAAAAAUAAAAUAAUAAAAUAAUUAAAAAAUAAAAUAAAAUGAUAAAAUACAAAAAAAAAUGAUAAAAUAAAAUAAUAAAAUAAAAUAACAAAAUAAUAAAAGUAAUAAUAAUUAUUUAAAAUAAUAUAAUAUUUAAAAUAAAAAAAAUAAUAAAAUAAUAAAAUAAAAUAAUUAUUUUAUAUAAUAAAAUAAUUAUUAUUUAAAAUAAUAGUAAUUAAUAAAAUAAUAAAAUAAUUAUAAAUUUACGUGGUGUUUCCACAAACAAAAACAUUUAAGGUCUAUUCUAUAGGCAAAUCUCCUGAACUGGAAAUUCUGAACUUUCAUUUCUUUGGCGUGUUUGUUACUCCGAGUGUGCGAGCGCACCGGGCAGACUGAAAAUCUACCUGCCACCUUCUGGAUACUAGUCCACUGCUCUGCUGGUUAAGCAACGACUCCAACGAGACCAAGUCGGUUCGGGUGCCUGAUAUUUCGCAACUCAGUCUAGUUCCUUCAAUAUUAUUGCGGUCUUAAUGUGAUAAAAAUUUGCCACAUUUUGUCUAUAUUCAUCAUCAGCUAUCUAUACCAUAUGUCACCAUGUAUAAUACUUGUAGCACUAUUUUGUGCCCUAUAUUUAAGACAUUGCAUCAAAGUUUUAUCUUAAGAAACAGAAACGAAUGGUAACGAUUAGUCAACCAGUUCGAUUUCCGUUCACGUAUGUUGUAUAUUUUCUCCUCUAGUUACCUGGUUAUUGUCAGGACGGAUAGUGGUAGCAACAUAGAGCGUUACAAUGUUGAGACUGAAGUGGUGGAUGCAAUAAAAGCAGGAGGUGACUUUCCUCAGGAUGUUUCUGUUGAUGCUGAUAAUGGUGUAGUUUACUGGGUGAACGUCAUUGGUGGUUCUACGUUUAAAGUCAAGAGUACCUCGUAUGCUGGUGUAACAAUAGACUUGAAUAUUACGUAUACUGAGAGAAUCGAAAUAGCUCAAGACGAAGUUUACUUAUAUGUUCUGGUUGUUUCAAAUGAGACAAUCUAUAAAUAUAGGAAAAAUACAUGGGAGCAGAUGGGAAGUAUUGUUGUUCCUAGUGGUACGAGUGGAGUUGAAGUUGCAUUUGGUGAGUAUUAGAGCCUAUAACCUGUAUCAAUGAAAUCAAUUAUAGUAUCAGGCAAAAGAAAAAAAUGCUUAUUGUACUCCUGUCUUACUGUCAUUCCAAUUGAAGUGUUGCUCAAAUAUUGAUUCAAUACAUUACCUCGGGCUGACCAAUUCAUUUGAUCAAGUUCCUCGAGAUAUUCAUACACUUGCUGUGAAAGAGCCAAUUCCAAGUAUUUGAUAAUUUCUGGUCACUUCCUGUCUAUUUAUGAUUGGUUAGUUGCACAAACAACAAAGGUGAUUGGUGCAUUCAACCUAUUCAACAGGAAGUUUACAAUUAUACUAGGAAGUGUAUGAAUAUCUCGAGGAACUUGAUGAAAUGAUUUGGUCAGCCCGAGGUCAUGUAUUGAAUCAAUAUUUGAGCAACACUUCAAUUGGAACGACAGUGACCUGUUAACACAUUGUGAUUCAAGCGUGUAUUACAUUAUACCAACAAUGAACGUUUAUGAGUGUAAUGGUAAAAAUAUUUUCAAGAGGUGAAAGAUACAGUAGAAUAUUGAAUUCCACGAGGCGACAGCGGAGUGGAAUGGAAAAUUCCAUCUAUUAGCUAUUCUGAAGUUGAUGAGUGUACUGGGGACGAGUGUUAAAAAGUGCCGAAAUUAAGAAAUGAACCAAAUCACUAAAAAGACCAUCUCAAAAUUAGUAAGUAUACAAAGUUUAAAGAUAUUUACAUGAAUACUCUUCCAAUAAUAAGCUUUCGAAAAUUGCGAUAUUUACUAUGAAAUGUACUGUAAUUUUUGUUUUUGUGAACGCACGUCCCAAAAAUAAUCUUUUAAUUAAUCAGUAAUUUCACAAUUUUCGAAAGCUUAUUGUUCGAAGGGUAUUCAUGUAAACGUCUUCAAACUUUGUAUAGGCCUACUUACUAAGUUUGAGGUGGUCUUUUUAGUGAUUUGGUUAAUUUCUUAUUUUAGGCACUUUUUAACACUCCUCUCUAGUCCACUCAUCAACUUCGGAAUGGCUAAUUAAUGAAUGAAAAUACUUUUACUAUUGCACGAAAGAAAACAUUAUUUGUUUUAUAUGACACCAAAUUAAUAAAAGCAGAUCACUUUUAUCGAAUUUUUAAGUAAAUGUAUAAUACAAAAAAAAACACAUUCCUGGUUUAAAAAUAAUUAGAAUUCAGCCAAAAAGUGCCAACAAACAUUUUAGUGAAGAAUUAAUUAAGAAAUAAUGACUUAUCAUAAACAUUCUCAUACAAAUAUUGUCUUUUUACACCCGCCAUUUUGCUUCGCACGAGUUAUGUACUUGAAUUUAAUUCCAUCGGUCUCAGGAUGAAAAUUAUAGUUUUAAAUGAACUACGAUUACGAUCGAAUAGGAUUUUGAAUGAUUGAAUUUGAUUAUACCCUACCGUUGAAUAGUACACGGCUGAGCGUGCAAUAGUUUUUCUACUAUGGCGCGGUAGCAAGAUGGGAAUAUAAAUUCCAUACAGUAAAACCCCGCGUAUAAGAACCUAGAUUUUUCAAGUUAGCCUAAACAGGUUCUUAUAUAAAAUUUUAAUGGUGAAUUAGCGUCAGUGGUGCCUAAAUCACUUUGAAUUUGUACUCGAAUAAAAGUAUAAGUAAUUAACAGUAAAACGACUUGAGUAAGAGUAAAAAGUACUGGACGCAAAACGUACUUAAGUAAAAAGUACAACGUAUCCUUAAAAAGUACUUCAAGUUAAAAGUAAAAAUACUAUUGUCUGUAGCGUGUAGGGGGGGGGGGGUACUUCCCCAAUGGAUUGACAUACGAAAGACACAAAAGAACACACGCAUUAUAUGCGUGCAUCUAAUGAGUAAUGUACAAUAUUUCACGGCAUGGUCUACUUUACAGACCCCGUUGAAGAUAUAAGAAAUCCAUUAAAUAAAUAAUGCUUAUGAAGUAAGGCACAAACGAGAGAUCCCAGACGCAUGUAGAGGUCCUAUUACCUAUCCCAAAAUUAAAAUAAAUUGGGAAUAAAUCACGUAAAAUUAAACAAACGUUAGAAAGUAACGAAAUACUUCGCCACAAAAUGAAAAUAACGAAGUAAAACGUUGCUUCUUAAAACCACUUCGUUCCAAGUAAAAGUACCCAAGAAAACGUUACAUGCUGACUUCUCGAAAAUAGUACUCAAGUACAGUAACGAAGUACAUUUACUUCGUUACUUAACACUGAUUAUCGUGAAAUUAGGCUAAACAGGUUCUUAAAUAGGUUCUUGUUUUCUAAAGAAAAAGCGACUCAUUUUCGGUUGGUGUAGGUAGAGUUAUUUUUUGUUGAUGUGUUGAAACAGACAUGCUGUUUAUUGUUAUGACAUAUCCAGGACUCUGACUUCUGGGUCAUUUUCAUUACUUUUGAGAGCUUAUUUUCUUUGAUUUAUAAAUUUUUAGUUUCAACUCUUACAGUCAUAAAAAUAAAAUAAGAACCUGUUUGGAAUUUUAUCCUAAACAAGUUCUUGUAUAAAGAGGGUCUAAAUCAUGGAAAUAUUAAAUAAUAUUCUAAAUAAGCAAUUUUAGCCUAACAUGUUCGUAAAAUCUAGGUUCUUAUACGCGGGGUUUUACUGUAUCAUGUGAUCAUAAUCAGCCAAUUUAAUGACAAGAAUUUAAGUUAUUUAAAGCAUAUAUGUGCACAAAUUCAUAUAGUUUAAAACACAGUGACUUGCUCUUCUUGCUUUCAGAAUCAAUCACAAUCACUAACAAUCGCAAUCAAUAAUUGAAAGAUAAUCACAUUUUUUAAAAAUAUUACCACAUAGUCUAUUAGCUGUAGCCACUGUGACAUAACACACAAUGCAUUCUAUCAUUUGCUUUAAUUUUAUUGGAUUUGUAGUAUUUCGUGACAAUCAAACUUUUAUUACGAAAACUAAAAAUAAACAUGGAUUACUCUAGAUUUCCUGCGGUUACUAGCUUUAGUUGUUACUUUGGAUUUAGCUAAUUUUAGGUGGUGAAGUUUUAAACAAGUGAGAUAAAGUAGGGAUAUUGUCAAGAAACAUGUUAACUGUGUUUUUAUGUUAAUAGAUAUAGAUGAAUGUUGUGUUGGAACAUCUUGUCAUGAACAGUCUACUUGUGCAAAUUCUCUUGGCAAUUUCACAUGCAUAUGCAGCAGUGGGUACUCUGGAAAUGGAACAUUUUGUGAAGGUAUGAUCAUAAAGAUUCAUACAACAUAAAUAAUUUAUAGAUUUUAAGUACGUUGGGCUCAUUGUAAUAUUACAAUAUAGAUUUAUUAUUUAUAAGAGUUCUAAUGGAACUCGAGUUGCAUUUGAGGUCAUGAUACUGUAGCUGACGCGGUGCUUAGAGUAACUGUUUUAUUGUGUUUAGAGCCUCUUCCGUAUGACAAUAUUUUGGCAAUUAGUUUGGCAACCACACAACUUCACCCAAACCUGAGAAAACAUUUCUGCUCAUUUUUUUCAGUAAUUCGAACAUUGCUAGAACUUGACAUUUUUAUAUAUUAAAUUUUUUAUCAAAAGAAGCGGUUGUUGACUUUGCUUUUAUGAAGAGUUUUCCAUUUUAAAUCAGAUUUUUCCAAUUUUUUAUCUUCCCUCUUUCGGUAUUAUUUCUUUUUAAUUUUUUUUAACUAGUUUAAUUAAAUAUAUAAAAAAUAUUUGGUAGCCUGUAAACAAAUCUGAGAGUUUUUUCAAUGUGCUUGAUAUUACGGUUCUCUCAUACACAAAAUUACGGUAAUUCUUGAGCCCCCAUCUUGUUUUCUGUACAUGCAGCCAGGAUAUUCCUUAUGAGCUAAUAUCCUGCUAGUAGAGAACCACUCAGGUUACGAAAUAUCUUAUAUCCGCGGUAGCUUUCUAUAUAAUAAAAUUAAGCUAAUUACUUACAUUCAUUUUGCGCCUUCACAUAGUGAUCUUAUGGACUCAUACUGUGCAUUGUCUACAAUUUUCAUCAUUCCUUGGAUAAAGUCGCUUGUUUAAUUUAAAGGUGGCCCCCUAAAUUUUACAGAAAUGUUCAAAAUGCAUAGAUUAGGUCAAUUCUUUGAAGAGAUGUUAUUUGCUAAAAAUAAAAAAAAUGUUCACCAUAUAUACAAAAGUGAAGUCACCACUAUUGCUAUGGCAACAUGACGACUCAAGAUAGCCAAUAUUUUGGCUUUUAACGCACUUAACCUAGUUAAAAAACACCUGGGUUACCUCCAUUUUUUAUUUCUGAAAUAUUUCCUUGCAGUAUAACAAACUAUCUGACGAAUUUUGCAUGCUUAUGUCUGUCUUGUUGUAGAUAUUAACGAGUGUGAAGAAGAAGAAUGUCAUUCAAGUGCUACAUGUGUCAACAAUCCUGGAUCAUUUGUCUGUAAUUGUAAUCCAGGUUUUAUUGGCGAUGGUGUAAUCAGCUGUUCAGGUACUCAGAACUUUGUAAUAAUCAAAUGUUGUGUAGCCCAGUCCCAUGGUAAUGUACUGUACAAUCUUUGCAAUAAUUCCGUUUUUAAUAAUGAUUGAAUAAUGGUUUACUUUAACAACCUUGUUAAGUCUCUUGUAUUUAACAAUUAUUCGCCGAAGGCUCGGGAAUUAUCGGGGAAUAUUCACCGAGACAAGAUCGAUGUGUAUAUUCCCCGAUAAUUACCGAGCUGAGGCAAAUAAUUGUUUUAGUAUUUUUACACAAGUCUUUUGGUUGUUUUUUUUUACUGAAUUUAUCUUAAUUUCGCUUAUUUCUUUACCCGUGAUUUCCACAAAACAGCUAGUCGCCAUUUUGUAAACUAGUUUUUACUGUUAUAUUCACCUGUUGGUGAAUAUAAGAGAGUACUGUACCACGUCAAAUGUUUCCAAUCACCACGUCCGAUUUCUUAUAUUCACUUGUGUAAAAUAUUAAAGAAGGUUGUUAGCAAAACCUGCAAUUAAAACAUAGGUCGCUAAAGGUAACCAUACCCUAGGCUAUCAUUAAAUUCCCAAAACUUGUUGUUGAAAAUGGCGUGGUUAACUAUGUGAUUAGGUAACUAUCAGACUAACUUCGUUUUGUGCACAACAGUUAAGUUGUGUAGACAACUAGAGCCAUUUGUAUGAAUAACACUAUGCAAUGGCUUGUGAUUUUUCAAGUUUCCCGAGAAAUUCAUUUAUUGAGGUAACAUGGAUUAAACUUUAACGUUUGUAGAUAAACAAAAGUUUCUUUUUAUUGAUUGUUACGUCCAAUAUCCGUAUAUUUUUUAGGUUUUCGACCAUUUUUACGAAUGUUAAAAAAUCACUGUAUGGUGGAUAGCCUUAUCUGGCUUUCAUAUUCUCUGGGAUUUAACAACAUUAUUUAUGCUCUAGCAGUCGGUUACAGAACUUGUUCUGCUAAAUGUAUCGCGUUUACACGUUUAGGAUACUAGGUUAUGGGUUGAGUGAGUGCAUGGGGAUUACUGGGAUGAGCACUGAAAGUAAGUAUAUUUGUUAGCAGCUCUCUUGAGACCAAAUUUCUGUUUUUAGAUAAUUGCCAGGUACCCUAUUUAUUCUUUUCCACAUCAUCGGGGACAUUCUCCUAUAACACAGAAGAAUCUACAAGUAGCCCAAACAUGUUCAAUAGCCGUGCAAAUGCCUUACUCUCGUUUGAUGGUAUGAACAAAAGGUUGUAUUUCUAUACAGCGAAUGAUGAAAUUACAAGUUAUAACUUGAAUGGUUCAGAUUUGAGCACAAUUACCAUUCAGAAUGUGGAAUUUUUUACUGUGGAUGGCCGGAAUAAUUUGUUAUAUUAUCAUCAGCGACUUCAAGAUAGAAUAUUUGUGUACAAUAUCACUAGUACUCAAAGUACUCAAGUUGGAGCUCUGUCAAGUGUUACUGGUACGAAAGAUAUGGAAGUGAAAAAUGGGUAAAUGCAAUUAUACUUUGUUUUAUUGGUUGAUUUGAAGCGUUCUAUUCUUUUCUGGUGCUUAUAUCUUUAUUUUUGUCUCACGCCCGUGUGUAUGUUCAAUUGGUUUUUUUUAUGUCCCACUUCUUUUGUCCCGUUUUUUUUUAUGCCCACUUUUUUAUGUCCCACUUCCUUUGAGAUUUUUUAAUUUUUUUGUUUGUUUACUUUGUUUCAUUUUUAACUUGCUACAUUUUUGUUUUUGCCAUGUUUAAUGCGAACUAGUAGUACGAAAUACAUUUUGUGCCAUCUGUAAAAAUAUUAGACAGGUCAUUUAAUUUUCUUUUAAAACUAUUGUUGCGCAAGAUAUGGGUUAUGGGUUAGACGACAGAUAGAAUAUUUGAUGAACACACAGGACUGUUAAUAUAGGAUAUCAUUAUUGAGAGUAAGGUUUGGUACUGAAUUGCAUUUAUAAGGAUUUGUGAUGGUGAUUUGUCCGAACUGACUCAUGUCUUUUUAUAGUUAUCUCUACAUUGCAAAAGCAAGUGAUCCAACCAUCAUACGUUACAAUCCAAGGAAUGAAUCUAUUACGCCUUUCAACUCCACAACUGGUUCAGCGCAAUCACUUUCUGUUGAUGAAUAUGAUAAUGUAAUAUAUUGGGUUAAUUAUGACGGAACCAGUCACAGGGUUAUGAGAACUCUGCUGAAUGGAGAAACAGUCGACUUAAACAUAACAUAUUCUGGAGAGAUUGAUUUGACCUCAGAUGUGUUAAAUAUUUAUGUUCUGGUCAAAGCAGAGAAUCGAAUUGACCAAUACUUGAAGACAUCACUUGAAAAGCAAAAGAAUGUUACUUAUAAUGGUGCAAUAGAAGAUUUAAUAAUUGGAUAUGGUGAGUUUCAUCUGAAAGAAAACAAAUCAAUUUUCAAGUUUGGUUUUCUCUUUCUGUACCAAGUAGCAAAAAAAUGGUCUUCUCACUGGUAG